AUGGCGUCGGUGCGUAAAAGAGGACAGACUGUGCAUAGUGAAGCAAGAGAAGUGAUAAGGAGAGUGAUAAGUAAGUGUGACGAAGAAGCGAGAACUGGUAAUUUGCAGCACUUAAUGAAACAGAGCAAUUUGCGAGUCAAGAAUUACACUGGUGUUUCGGUGAGGACAAUUUCUAGCAUUAGAAAGGAAGGAGAUGCAGCUGGAGAGACACCUUUAACUACGCCUGGUAAGAAAAGGCCGUACUCGGAGGAGAAGAAAUUUCAUAUGGAUGAUUUUGAUAGAAGAGUCGUUCGAGAUGUGGUGAGUGACUUUUAUUUAGUGAGGAAGAAAGUGCCCACUGUUCCUAAACUGUUAAUUGAUUUAAAAGAAAAACUUGACUUCCCUUGGAAAGAAGAAACCCUACGAAGACUCCUGCACCAAAUGGGAUUUAAGUGGAAACGGUGUAACAAACUAAGAAAAAUUCUUAUCGAGCGGCCAGACAUAGUUAAUUGGCGUGCUCGUUAUUUGAGAGAUAUCCAACGGUUUCGACAUGAAAAAAGACCAAUAUUUUACAUUGAUGAGACAUGGGUGGACAACAAUUUGACAUUCGGGAAGUGCUGGAGUAGUGAUGAAGUGCCUGGUGUGUUGACGAACACAAGUUCAUCCAACAGACUGAUUGUUGUAAACGCGGGUUCUACAGAUGGAUUUCUUAAAGGGGCUGCUUUAAUUUUUAGGGCGGGUAAAGCGACGGGGGAUUACCACGGACAAAUGAAUGGUAAUAAUUUUGAGAAAUGGGCUGAAGAAAAAACUCCUGCCUAA